UUUUUUUUUUUUUCCGUGGAUGCGGUUGUUCGUGAAGAAUAGAUUUUCAGAUUCUGUGUUUAGUUCACGCAAAAUUGAGUUUUUUUUUUUUUUUUUUUGAGAUUGUUUGUGUUUGAUUUAUGAAAUUGUGUGAUUUUGAUUGGUUGCUGUUUCGGUUGUGUAUGAAAUUUUGUAAUUUUUGAAACAUUUCUGAGGGAAUUUGGUGGCGUGGUUCGGCAUGAUUUAGAUGCUUGUGUGUUUUGAUGUGUUCUUUCAUAUGUGCUUGCAUCUAUUAAGAUUUGGAUUAAGAUGCUGCUCUGUAGUUUUAAAUUUUAUUGAUUAGUAGUGUUAUAUUGCUCUGUUGCAGUAAUGGAAGACUUUUGGAAUCAGGUUGAGGACUAGUAAAGAAAGCUUGCGAAGCGAGUAGAGUAUAUAGUAACUACUGGGAUUAUAUAAGGUUGGUUACCUGGGUCAGAUGGAUCUUGAGACAGAGAAUAGAAUAGCUGCAAUUCUUAUGAGAGAAGCAGCAGAAUUGCGGCGCCAAGCUGAGAAGGAAGGUGUGCAUGCUUAUCUUCAACAACCUAAAGCAAGAUUUAGGCCAAAUUCACGGUUCCUCAGUGCUACUGUUCGUGGUGUUGAACAAGCAAAUAAAGCUGUGGAAGUGAAUGAAAUGUGGCGAAUCCGGCAGAAAGAGCUCGAAUUGGAUGAAAGGCUUAAAGGCAAGAUGAAGGAUGAGAGCAGAAAUGACAGGAAUCCUGGAGAUGGCAACACUCCGAGAAGCACUAGCAAGAGGCACGCUUCCAUGGAGGAUAAUGUUAGUGCUACUUGUUCAUCAAGCCAAAGAGUACAUGAGAGAUGCCAUUCAAGGGAAGAGAAUGGAUUAAGAGACGAAGAACUUGAAGAAUUUUUACAUUCAAGGGUCAAGCGUGGCAGAGGAGCUGUUGGGUCAAGGAUGGAUGAAACAGGUCCAUAUCUUCCACGUUCGGACUCCGAGGAACAGAUAGCUGGUCCCAGUGUACAAGAACGUCGUGUUUAUGGACCAGAGAAGCCUUCACAGAAGUUAUGUGACUCUUCUGAAGAGGAGCUUCCCAACAGGAAGAGAUCAAAAAAGGUUUCUUCUGGAAGCUCAAAGAAGCACAAAUCCAAGGAUAAGUCUAAAGAGCGGAAAAAGAAGAGGAAAGAAGAGAAAAGAAGUAAAUAUUAUGAUUAAGAAGUGCUCUGCUGCAUGUUUUAGGAGGAUCACAACUUAAUGUUUCUCAAAGCUUCAUCCUAGUUUGUACAGAGGUGAUUACUGAGUUGCUUUCAGCUCCAGGAUGUGUAAGACAGCUGAGGAUUUCUAGACGAAUCAAUGAUUUUCCUGCUCAACUUUAACCUGUCUGUUGCCCAAGGUAAUAUCAGUAAGCUGAAGAAAGAUGAAUCUUCACGGAAUUGAUGCAAGAUUACUGCUACAGGGAAUUGAUGCAAGAUUACUGCUACAGGAUCGCAUGCCAAUUAUAUCUCAUCUGGUUUGUUUUUGGCCUUCAAGUUGGAAAAUGAUAUUCCUUGUCAAUGCUCUAUGACUAUCUUUCAUCUCUAUCUUUAUGGAUAUUCUAUUCCACAGUGAUGAGUAGGAAAACUAUGCUCAUGAGUCAUGAGACUGAUUUGAGUGUUAAAUCACUUACAUUUGUGGAGUCAAAUUCUUACGUUUAGAUCGGGCA